AUUCAAAGUUGCAGUGCAACACAGCAACUCGCUCUCCUCGCUGUGUCACAUAUACAAUUGACGAAUGACGGAACUGGGAAUGGACCGGGUACAUAUAGAGCGUUGUCCAGAUAUAAUGGACUCAAAGAGGUCAUUCACUUUCAACAAAAAGCUUCUUUUCAUUGCCAGUCAAAAUUUAAUCACAAGCCGUAGUAGGAAUCACACACUCUUGCUGCCAGCGGCAGCUGUCAGACAUGUAGACCUGUGGGAAAUAAAGCCACCAGACUUUAGCCCAAAACUAUACCGCACUCUAAGCUUGCCUCGGAUCAAGAAAAAAACAAUCGACCCGGCUAUACUCAAAGAAGGAUUAAAAGAGAUUUCUCAAAGCCUUGAUAAAAUGCCCCCUGUCAUGUGGUCUAAGCAAAAACAAAAGAGGAAUACACCAGUGUUUGUCUCAUCAUACAAACCACUUGGAUUACUGGAAUCACAGCUACAGUUUGUGAAGUUUGGACAGUUUCCAAAUGGUCCCUACAAAAACCCAAAGCCUCACAAUUUCAGACCUUGUGAUGAAAACCUGCCAGACAUGGUGACUUUCAUAGAAAAGGAUCCUGGAAAGUUUAACUUAAAGACUCGGUUUUUGCAAGAACGUAUCCAACCUGAGCCAACUCCUCCAAAAGGAAAACCAUCAAAGAAAAUGAUAACCUUCAAACCAGCAGAACCCAAAUGGGAUGCAAGACUCAUACUGCCAAACUCCACUUGGCCCUCCACAUCAGCUACAUACACGAGACAUCGACGCAGGAGAGGGAUGUACAGUGCUUUUAUUGACCGUGUGGAAGACAAACUCACCAGAUCAUGGAUGAAAUAAUAACAUUUUAACAGGAAAAAAUAUUACUUCAAGUACAAACAGAGUAAACUGUAUUAUGAUUACUAUUAUGUAAUAUUGCUAUG